AACAAACUGUCUACACGUCUGGGAUCCUUCAUAUCGAAGCUAGCUCUCACACGAAAACCUUCAGCAAUAUUCUAUAAUUUGUUCUAAGCCAAAUUUUCUAGAUUUACAAAAUGAGCCGUCAUCGCUAUAAUAAUGUGCAGCUUAAGGCGCUGCCGGGUGCCUUGAAGGUGGAGCAGCAAGAGAAGCAGGAGGAUGGCGAACACGGAGGAGGCAACACGGAGAAGUUGCCCCUGUGGCCAAGUGAGCGCAUUCCACCGGGCGGUGCUGGAGCCUUUCAUUCCACCAAGGUCAAGUACAGCAAGGAGACCUCUGAAUUGAUUCGUCUGCUCGUCAAAGAGUCCAAGAUGUCCAUAUUGAUGCGUAAGCAAAUCGAUGAGAGUCUGCGCAAUGGAGAGCCUUUGCCUCUGCCCAAGCCACCGCGUCCCAACACCAACAAUGACCCGGACAAGGAGACGUUGGCCAUUCUCGAUCGCGCUCGCAAUGCCAAGCGCAAGAACCUGCGCCAGAUCGAAGCCAGUGGUGCCUACAACAUGAGCUACUACCGCCCACCAACAGAUAAUCGGAUGGCCGGUGAGAAAGCCAAGUCACAACUGCAGUUCACCAUGGCUGGAACACAUCUGGCUGAUCCGUCCGUGAAACCACUGCGACGUCCGCGCGAGGACCCGCUCGUAACAGAGGAGGACAUCAUCAACGAACUCUUGGAUCAGAUCAACGAGCGCGCAAUGUGGCUGACGGAAAUGGAAUCGCUAGGCCAAGGCAAGAAGUAUCGCCAGGAGAUUCGAGAUCAGAUAUCCGAACGCUUGCAUCGCAUCCAGGCCUUGGAGUCGAAGAUUAAGAUGAAGUCUACCGGUGGCUACCGCUUCGUCGACUAAAUGUGUUAAUCUGUUAUAUAAUCUAUGUGUUAAAUGUUUCUUAUAAUAUAAAUAUAA